CCUAUCUACAUAUUCUACAUAUCGCUAGCAAACAACACUGUUUCAGUAUUGUCCUACCCUCCAUCUCUCCAUUUUCCCGCAUUUGGUGUUGAAGUCAACUUUCUGAGCCUCUUUUAUACCUCCCACCAUAUCGAUCUAUCUUACUCCAAUCUACUAUCAAUCUAUUGUAAGCUGUAUCCAGAAUAAUGGCGGCGAAUGGCAAUGGAAACGAUGUGCCUCCGGCUGAAACAGCCGCUGUAAACACAAACAUUGUCACCUUGACUCGUUUCCUUACGGAAGAGCAAGUAAAACACAAGGAAGCAACUGGAGAUUUCACAUUAUUAUGCCACGCACUACAAUUCUCCUUCAAGGCCAUCUCCCAUUACAUUCGCCGAGCCACACUAGUAAACUUGACAGGCCUCGCUGGUCAAUCGAACGCAACGGGCGACGACCAAAAGAAACUCGACGUUAUUGGAAAUGACCUCUUUAUUGCAGCCAUGAAAUCGUCAGGAAAAUGUGCAUUGCUAGUAUCAGAGGAAGAAGAGGAGGUCAUAUACUUUAAAGACCAGACCGGAGCACGGUACGCCGUAGCUUGCGACCCUAUCGAUGGUAGUUCUAACUUGGAUGCUGGUGUAUCUGUUGGAACGAUCUUCGGUGUUCACAAGCUCGCAGAUGGCUCUACAGGCACAAAAGAGGAUAUUUUGAAGCCUGGUACCGAGCUACUUGCUGCAGGAUUUACCAUGUAUGGUGCGUCGGCUCAAUUAGUCAUUACGAUGAAGGGCGGUACCGUCAAUGGUUUCACGUUAGAUAACUCCUUUGGCGAGUUCAUUCUAACCCACCCUGACAUGCGUAUUCCGAAAAAGCGAGCUAUUUACUCCGUAAAUGAGGGUAACUCGCUAUACUGGGAAGAUCACACGAAAGAGUAUUUUAACUCUCUCAAAUACCCACAAGAUAACGGCAAGCCAUACAGCGCCCGAUAUAUCGGUAGUAUGGUUGCUGAUGCGUACCGAACGUUGUUGUACGGUGGUAUCUUUGCUUAUCCGGCAGACAAGAAGAGUCCCAAGGGCAAACUGCGAAUUCUAUACGAAUGUGCACCAAUGGCUAUGGUGUUCGAAAAUGCCGGUGGACAAGCUGUAGACAGCCGAAUGAGACGAAUGCUCGAGGUCGUACCGGAACACAUACACGAUCGAUCAGGUAUUUACCUGGGUAGCUAUGACGAAGUUGAAAAGGUCAAGGGAUUCUACAAAUGAUUCUAAGUCGAAUGUAGUGGAGUUGGAUAGUCUGACGGACUCUGGUGUCUUCGGCGCUAAGCUAUGGAAUGGAGCAUUGGGUGCGUCAUAGUAGAAAAACGUCGAUUUCGUUCCACAAGAUACUUUAAUACAAUACAAUUGAUGAACAACGUCGUCUGGUUUCCAUGGUUUACUACCUAGGUAUUUGAUCCCCACCCGGGUAUAUGUAUCCCAAUUUCUAGAACAGCUUGGGGAAGAACUUGGGGGUAUUUUUUCUCCACUCUUGGUAAU